AUGGCGGCGACGCGGCUGGCGCUGGCCCUCCUGCUGGCCGCCGUGGUGGCGGCGUCGCAGCUGCCGGCGGCGGCGGUGGCGGCCAACUACACGGUGGGCGACGAGAAGGGGUGGAACCCCGACGUGGACUACACGGCCUGGGUGAAGAAGCACAAGCCCUUCUACAAGGGAGACUGGCUCAUCUUCCAGUACCAGAACGGUCGGUCGGACGUGGUGCAGGUGGACGAGGUCGGGUACGACAACUGCGACAAGGCCAGCGCGCUGAGCAGCUACAGCAAGGGCAGCACCUACGCCUUCCAGCUCAAGGAGGCCAAGGACUACUACUUCAUCUGCAGCUAUGGCUACUGCUACCACGGCAUGAAGGUCCACGUCACAGCAAAGUCCUCCUCCUCGUCCUCGUCCUCGUCCUCGUCCUCCGGCUCCUCUUCCGGUGAUGAUUCCUCCUCCUCUGACACCUCCUCCUCCGAUGACUCGCCCUCGCCGCCCGCCAAGAAGUCCAAGGCCAAGUCCUCCAGCGCCGCCUCGCUACCGCCGUCGCUCCUCGCCGCCACGCCCAUUGCCGCCGCCGGCGUGGCUCUGCUCCUCAACAGGAUGCUCUGA